AUGGAAUUUUUCAAUUCUUUCGGUCUCGGGUGCUCAGCCAAGUCGACCAGUACAGUUUUUGCAGACUAUCUGCCAGUAAUCUCCCUGCAACAUACUUGGCGUCUGACAUUUGCCGGCCAAAAAAUGCUAAGUAAAUCGCCAUUUCCACUAGUUUGGAUACAAAUCCUUCUAGAGGAGAAGGAAUAUGCCACCCUGUGCAGGCACGCCGCAUCCACGAGAGCGUCUGUUUGGUCGCUCGGUGCCUAUUGCAAUUCAAAAACAUUCUUCUCUAGUACAGAUGGAUGGAGAAUGUGGGCCAGCGUUUUGUUUCGCCCGAAAUUAAUGAAUCCUACGCCGAGUGCGGACGGUCAACGCACUAGAAAUGUGGGGUUACAGGUGGUGGAUGGCCCUGUUCCUUAG